AUGACCUACGUCUCAAAUGAUCCAAGUUGGUGGCCGACAAUCAAUUUCAAUAUUUUUGACAGCCAUUGGGCAGUUGCCGCGGGUGUCGUGGUGGUAUACGAUUGGGUCUUAACACUCGGACAAGAGAUUGAACUCAUCUGGAUACGCUAUGUUGGAAUACCGUUUUCUGCCUCAUCUCUGACAACUAGUGUCAAUCUUCUGGAAACUAUGCCAUCGGUAUCGCUGACAGAUGCAGGGUGCGCUGUCACGGACUAUGCAAUGGGUAGCACAAAUGUGGCCUUGACUGCCAUGCUGGGCGUCAUCAUGAUUGCUCGGCUGUAUGCCAUGUAUCAGGGAUCUAGAAAGAUGCUUAUGUUCCUUGUUAUUAUCUUCCUGGCUGUAAACAUCGCCUGUGGAGUGAUCACGGCAAUAUCACUCAACGAUACUGUAAUUGGGAACGACCAGCUUCUUAUUUCGAUUGUUUGGAUCCUCAACACUGUUUGGGAGGUCCUCGCACUGUGCCUUUCACUCUGGAUUGCUGUGAAACACUUCCGUGAGCUGCGACGACUCGGCCCAUCGAAAGGAUCGACUAUCAGGGACUGUUUCAGAGUGCUGAUACAAUCUCACGUUCUUUAUUUUGCAAGUUCCGCACAUGUUAGCUUUGUUGGUGUCUCUUGCCUCCAGCUUGCUAUUCUCUCUCCAACAAUCUCGAAUUCGGAUUCUAUUGGAGUUCUGAUACUCUAUGGCGUUCUUGAAAUUUUAUUGAUCGUGCAGACGUUUGUGCUGGGACCACGCCUCAUCCUGAGCGUUCGAGAACACAACGCCAAACUCGUGGAAUACUCUGACGCAGAAACUAGCAUGAAUUCGAUUGUUUUCCAGGAACGUGUACAUGUAUCAACUGGCAGUACUGUGUAG